AUAAACAUGUCGUCCGAAACAACCACACCAACUACUCCUGCCACUCCUCCAACAACAACUCCUCAAAAGACAUUCACAAUGUCUUGUCAUUGCGGUGGUGUAAAGUUCCAAGCCGAAAUGGACCAAGAUCUUGCAAAGAGUGGUCGUUGCAAUUGUUCUUCAUGCUUCAUAACUCGUCUUUGGGUCCAUCCAGUGACUGAUCUGACCACGUUCAAGUUGUUGACACCGGCCGAGAACAUCACCCAGUACUUCUACGCCACCAAGACCUGUGGUCAUCACUUCUGCAAGACCUGUGGUACCCAGACCCAUCUCCAAGGUGACUAUCCAGGAUAUGGUCCCUACAUCUUUGUCAGUGUCAACUGUAUCCAGGGAUUGACUCAAGAGGAGUUCUCCAACAUCAAGCUCCGCUAUACCGAUGGUGCCAAUGACAGUUUCAAAGAUGUUCCAAAGUUUACCAAACAUUUGUGA